GGUGAGAUUAGCUCCCUUGUUUGCUCCUCCUCUGCGGUUUUCACUCUCGGCCGUGCUGGGCCUGCUUCCCAUGCUAACCUUUCGCUCAGAAAUGGAUUGAUUUCUUUUUCAAAAUGUCCCGUGUCUUAUUGGGGGAAUAAUGUAAGUGAGAUCUCUGCUGAAGAUGUUUCCACAAUCAGGGAAAUCGAUUGUCUUUGACAACUUUCCGGAUCCCACCGACACCUGGGAAAUCAUCGAGACAAUCGGGAAAGGGACCUACGGGAAAGUCUACAAGGUGCUCAACAAAAAGGAUGGAAGCAAAGCGGCUGUGAAGAUAUUGGAUCCCAUUCAUGAUAUAGACGAGGAGAUCGAGGCAGAAUACAACAUCCUCAAAGCUCUCUCUGACCACCCAAACGUCGUCAAGUUCUACGGGAUGUUCUACGAGAAGAAUCUAAAAUGUGGCGAUCAGCUGUGGCUUGUCUUGGAGCUCUGCAACGGCGGCUCUGUGACAGAUCUGGCCAAAGGCAUGCUGAAAAGAGGAGAGAGGAUGGAAGAGCCCGUUAUUGCCUAUAUUCUUCACGAAGCUCUGAAGGGCCUCCAGCACCUGCACAUCAACAAAACCAUCCACAGGGACGUGAAAGGCAACAACAUCCUGGUGACGACACACGGAGGGAUCAAACUCGUGGACUUUGGUGUCUCUGCCCAGCUGACGAAUACCCGACUGAGGAGGAACACCUCCGUAGGAACUCCCUUCUGGAUGGCUCCCGAGGUCAUCGCUUGUGAACAGCAAUUGGACUCAACCUACGACGCUCGCUGUGAUGUUUGGUCCCUGGGCAUCACAGCUAUAGAACUGGGAGAUGGAGACCCCCCUCUUUCUGACCUCCACCCAAUGAGAGCCCUUUUUAAAAUUCCUAGAAACCCUCCGCCUACCCUCCACCAGCCGGAGCUCUGGUCAGACGACUUUAACGACUUUAUCUGCAAAUGCCUGAUAAAGGACUUUGAGCUGAGGCCCAACGUGUUAGACCUGCUCCAGCAUGUGUUCAUCAAGCAGACCGUCGGCAGGGAGAGAAUCCUGCAGAAGCAGCUGAUUGAACUCAUUGACCUCAAUCAGCAAAUUGGAUUAAUUGAAAAAACAAGCCAUCAUGGAAAGACAGACAGAAGUACAGACAGUAAUGACAGGCAUGAACGCAUCCACACAAAAAAAGGAAGCCACAUGAAGACGCAAGCAGACUCAGACGAGGUUGACGACCUCGCCACCCUCGAGUUUCUAGAUGAGAAUAUAGUCACAGAUCAGCUCCAGAGCCGCUACACCAGAGAUCAGAUCUACACCUAUGUUGGGGACAUCCUGAUCGCCGUCAAUCCCUUCCAUAAAAUGGAGAUUUACGCUCCGCAGCACACUAAGAUGUACAUCGGCGCUAAGCGCACAGCAAAUCCACCGCACAUCUUUGCAGUGGCGGAUAUUGCCUACCAGUCGAUGGUGUCGUACAACACCGAUCAGUGUGUUGUGAUCAGCGGGGAAAGCGGAGCAGGAAAGACAGAAAGCGCCCAUCUGUUGGUGCAGCAGCUGACGGUCCUCGGGAAGGCCAACAAUCGGACGCUGCAGGAGAAGAUCCUGCUGGUCAACAACCUGGUGGAGGCCUUCGGAAACGCCUGCACCGUCAUCAACGACAACUCCAGCCGCUUCGGCAAAUACCUGGAGAUGAAGUUCACCAACGGCGGAACGGUGGUCGGAGCGCAGAUAUCCGAGUACCUGCUGGAGAAAUCCAGGGUCAUCCACCAGGCGAUAGGUGAGAAGAACUUCCACAUUUUCUACUACAUUUAUGCUGGUCUGGCUGACAGGAAGAAACUUGCCCACUACAAGCUGUCUGACAGCAAGACGCCUCGGUAUCUGUUUACCGAGAACAUGAAACUAGGCCCUGACAUCGUGAGCAACGCCUUCUACAAGGAGCAGUUUGAUGCUGUGGAGCAGUGUUUCAAAGUCAUUGGAUUUACCCUGGAGGAGCUGGGCAGUGUUUACAGCAUUCUCGCUGCCAUCCUUAACUCCGGUGACAUUGAGUUUUCUGCAGUAGCCUCGGAGCACCAAACUGACAAGAGCAACAUCACCAACAUUUCUGUCCUGGAGAAUGUGGCGUCCCUGCUACGCAUCCGUUCAGAUGAGCUCCAGGAGGCCCUGACCUCCCACUGCGUAGUGGCCCGGGGCGAGACCAUCGUCAGGCCCAACACGGUGGAGAAGGCGGUGGAGGUGAGGGAUGCCAUGGGGAAGGCUCUCUACGCCCGGCUCUUCAGCUGGAUCGUGAACCGGAUCAACACGCUGCUGCGUCCCGACAGCCAGCCAGGAGAGGGUGAUAAGGGCCUGAACAUCGGCAUCCUGGACAUCUUCGGCUUCGAGAACUUCAAGAAGAACUCCUUUGAGCAGCUCUGCAUCAACCUCGCCAACGAGCAGAUCCAGUUUUACUUCAACCAGCACAUAUUCGCCUGGGAACAGGAUGAGUACCUAAAUGAAGAGGUCGAUGCUCGGAUGAUCGAGUACGAGGACAACCGGCCUCUCCUGGACCUGUUCCUGCAGAAACCCAUGGGGCUGCUUUCCCUGCUGGAUGAGGAGAGCCGCUUCCCUCAGGCCACUGACCAGACACUCGUAGAAAAAUUUGAAGAUAACCUGAAAACCAAGAGCUUCUGGAGGCCUAAAAGGGUGGAUCUCGGCUUUGGUAUUCAUCAUUAUGCUGGGAAGGUGAUUUACAACGCCGCUGGCUUCUUGGCCAAGAACAGAGAGACACUCCCCGCAGACAUUAUCCUUCUGCUGAGGUCAUCGGAGAACGAGCUGAUCCGGAAACUGGUCACUCAUCCUCUCACCAUAACGGGUAACCUUGCCCACACUAAGGGUAAAGGCGUAAACACAAUGCGAAGCCAGCGGACUCCUACGCGGACCAUCACCUUGGCCAAGAUGGGGAUGCUAACCUUGUACAACUCUUUUUCUUUUAGCGAGCCUUCUUGGACAUUAAAGCGCACUCCAGAAAAACAGUGCUUGCUUGAUGUGCCUCUUGAAGACACAGUGAAAGUUCAAAAGAAAUCAGAAUCCUGCGACCUCCCAUACCAUCCGAGAGAAACCACUAACAUGAAGACACAGACUGUGGCCUCAUACUUCAGAUACUCUCUGAUGGACCUCUUGUCCAAGAUGGUGGCGGGGCAGCCUCACUUUGUGCGCUGCAUCAAACCCAACAACGACCGCCAGGCCAACAAGUUCGACCGGGAGAAGGUUAUGGUCCAGCUGCGAUACACCGGCGUUCUGGAAACCGCCAAGAUCAGGCGGCAGGGCUACUCCCAUCGCAUCCCGUUUGCUAAUUUCAUGAAGAGGUAUUACAUCCUGGCUUUUCAUGCACACGAGGAGCCGGCUGUGACUCCAGAGGCGUGUGCCGCCAUACUGGAGAAGGCCAAACUGGAAAACUGGGCAAUGGGGAAGACCAAGGUGUUCCUGAAGUAUUACCACGUCGAACAUCUGAAUCUGAUGGUGCAGCAGGCCACCCAGAGGAUCGUCCUGCUUCAGGCUUGUGUCCGAGGCUGGCUGGGAGCCAAGCGGUACCAGAGGGUGCUCAAAGAGAGAGAACAAAGCGCUCUGGUGCUGCAGUCAGCUUACAGAGGUCAAAAAGCUCGGAAAAAGGUAGCCGAAGAUAAAAGCAAAGCAAAGUUUGACGCCCUCAUAACCCAAUUUCAGGCUGUUUGCAGGGGAUACCUUGCAAGGAAGACGUACAAGGAGUUGGUAGAGGAAAAGAACAAAGCAGCAACCAAGAUCCAGGCUCGCUACAGAGGUCACAAAGAGCGGAAAAGCUUCCAGCGAAAACGGGAAGCCAAGGAGAAGGAGAAAGCGGAGAAGGCUCUUGAAGAAGAGGAGGGACAGGUGCAAGAAGCCAACAAUGAAGAGGAAGAAGCGAAAGCUGCUGUGGUUCUUCAGAGCAACUACCGGGGUUACAAAGAGAGAAAAAAAUUCAAAGAGAGAAGGACAAUAAUGGCUGGUGCAGAGCUGGAGACACCAAACGAGACCGUGGAACAGGAAAGUAAGGCAAGAUCUCAUGAUGGCGUUGCAGUAGAGGGCGCUAAAAAUCAGCAGGAAAACAAUGAAGAAGAGGAUGACAGCACCUUUGAGGCCGAGGAGAACGAUGAUAGCGAUAACACUGAGGUACCAGAGGACGAGGAGAACACAGAAGUGAGCGAUGAAGCCGUGGUUCAGCAUGCAGAUGCCGGAAAUGUAAGUGGACAGGAAGAGGCUCAGCCAGGUGAAGCCGUGACUUUAGAAGAGGAAACCAAAGCAGCCACCGUUAUCCAGAGUAAUUUCAGAGGCCAUAAAGAGAGGAAGAGGUUGCAGGAGGAAGGUAAGGUGCCAGCUAAGAAACAGAAAGGAAGCAGCCAAAAGAAAAAGGAGGAGAAGGCAAAACCAACGGAAGCUCAAUCCGAGGCAACUGUUUCCUCGAGCAAUGCCAAUCAGGGUGACCCAGAUGAGACUAAGGCGGCUGUUGUGAUUCAAAGCAACUUCCGCGGUCACAAGGAGCGAAAACGACUCGAGGAGGAAGGAAAGAUUCCCAAGAGAAACAAGAAAGGAUCUAAAAACGAGGAGGACGGUGCUCCGAAAGAGGAAUCCACUGCUGAUAACCAGGGGGACAUUUUACCUGCAAGCCCAGAAGGUCCGGAUGAGGAAAAAGCAGCGACGGUCCUGCAGAGUAAUUUCAGAGGACAUCGGGACCGAAAGAAGCUGAAAGCUGAAAAAGAGGAACGAUUAGGGGCCAAAGAGGGAAGUCCUAGUCCGGGCAAUGCAGGGGAGGAUGUUAAAGAAAAGGACGAGGCCUUGGAUGUCACUGAUGUGGCGAUUGAGCACAAAGCGGAAGAAGAUCUUGAGAAAGAGAGACAGGAGGAGGAGCAUGCUGCGGUGAAGAUCCAGAGCAACUUCAGAGGGUACAAGGACAGGAAGAACCUGAAGGCCAACAAGGAAGCAGCCAAGAGUGAAGCCGAGCAGCUGGAGAGCUUCUCCAAAGAGAUCACAAAGACUUCCCAGGACUUUGCAGCCCUGCAGCAGAAGCUGAACGAGAUCAUCCAGGCCCAUCAAUCAAAUCCUGAAAACAAUGGCAUGUUUGUGAGAGGAAAAGCAAUCAAUGGCUACGCCCCACAGAUCCAGCCAGCCGACAAGAGAUUUUCAAGAACCCCCCGCCGAACACAACAGCCAAAGACCCUGAACACACCAGAGGACUCCACUUAUUACACGCUUAUUCAUAGAUCUGUCCACGAUGACAAACGCAAGCCCAGAAAAGAAGAUCCAGGGAAGCUGCUAGACGUGGACGACCAGUACUACCGCACCCUGUCCACCAGCAGGUCUGAGCCCUCCAUGACCACCGAGAACACCGUACUCAGGAGCAUACCUGAGAGGAGGCAGUCCGUAGAGAGGAGACAGUCCAUGGAGCGAAGACAGUCCAUGGACAGGAGACGAUCCACAGCCAGGAGUCAUCAUGGGGAGAGACGGCUGUCCACGGAGCAACGGUCGGCAGGUUCUAUUCGACAGAUGAGAGAAAGGGCUGUCACUGAGCCCGAGCUUCCCAGACCCAUGAAGCAAGACAACAGGCGAUCCAUACCCAGAAUGUCCUCCACAGAAAGCCGAAGCGGAGACAACCCGUACGAUUUCAGGCACCUGCUGAGGAAGACGUCGCAAAGACGAAGGCUCAUCAAAAAGUACUGAGCUGAGCAAAUCUGACGCAGUCUUUGUAACAGACACUCAGCUUGUUCUUUGUAUUUUGAUGCAGAUUUAAAACAUGUUUUGGGUUUAGCUCCUUAAUGGAUUCUGCAGAGAACAUGUUUCAAUGGUUUCUGAAAAUACUGGUGUUGAAGAAUAGAUUGUAAAUAAUAAACGUACAUGUAAUAAAACUGCUGUAAAUGAACAUUUAUUUAUGUUGUCAUGUGAUGUAGCCAUUGAUAUAGAAACAUUGUCUCUCUUUAAUCGUGGAAAAAAGUUGCAGCCGUUGCCCAUUUUCUUAAACUCUUUGCAUUUUGGUUAUUUUCCAAAGAUAUACCUUUGGAAAAAUAAGACUCAGAUGUGUUAUAUUGUAAGAAAAGUGUAUUUCUGCUGUACUGUCUUGUUUGUUAAUUUAAAUAUAAAGUAUUUUAAAAGUUUU